GCGUGCUCAGCCAAUGGGGCCAGGGCGGGAGAUUUGAAAGGACCUCUGCGUGGGCGCGGCCGGGCAGGUUCAGUUGUUUCCCAGCGGCCAGGGAGGUGGCUGUGCCGCAGGCUCCAGGUGAACUGUCCUCCUUUCGGGGGCCUUGCGCCGGGAGAGGCCAGUUCCCUCCCCCUUCCCUUCUAAGGAUGGCCCAGAAGGAGAACGCCUACCCCUGGCCCUACGGCAGGCAGACGGCUCAGUCUGGCCUGAACAUCCUGCCCCAGAGAGUCCUCCGGAAGGAGCCUGUUACCCCAUCUGCGCUUGUCCUCAUGAGCCGCUCCAAUGCCCAGCCCACAGCUGCCCCUCUCCAGAAGGUGGUGGAGAACAACAGUGGGACCCCCAACUUCUCAAUGCGUUCCUUCACAAUCGACGACUUUGAGAUUGGGCGUCCUCUGGGCAAAGGCAAGUUUGGGAAUGUGUACUUGGCUCGGGAGAAGAAAAGCCGUUUCAUCGUGGCGCUCAAAGUCCUCUUCAAGUCUCAGAUAGAGAAGGAGGGUGUGGAGCACCAGCUGCGCAGGGAGAUCGAGAUCCAGGCCCAUCUGCAGCAUCCCAACAUCUUGCGUCUCUACAACUAUUUCUAUGACCGGCGAAGGAUCUACUUGAUUCUGGAGUAUGCCCCCCGGGGGGAGCUCUACAAGGAGCUGCAGAAGAGCCGCACUUUUGACGAGCAGCGAACAGCCACGAUUAUGGAGGAGCUGGCAGAUGCUCUGAUAUACUGCCACGGGAAGAAGGUGAUUCACAGAGACAUAAAGCCAGAGAAUCUGCUCUUGGGGCUCCAGGGAGAGCUGAAGAUUGCCGACUUCGGCUGGUCUGUACACGCCCCCUCCCUGAGGAGGAAGACAAUGUGUGGCACCCUGGACUACCUGCCCCCAGAGAUGAUUGAGGGGCGCACGCACAACGAGAAGGUGGACCUGUGGUGCAUCGGGGUGCUCUGCUACGAGCUGCUGGUGGGAAACCCCCCCUUCGAGAGUGCUUCCCACAACGAGACGUAUCGGCGCAUCGUCAAGGGUUGCUGUAACAAAUUACCACAAACUCGGUGGUUUAAAACAACAGAAAUGUAUUCUCUGACAGUUCUGGAGGCCAGGAGUCCACAAUCAAGUCGUCUGCAAUGCCAUGCUCCCCUCAAAGGCUCUAGGAGGAAGUCCUCCCUUGCCUCUUCCAGCUUCAGGUGACUCUGGGCACUUCGUGGCUUGUGGCUGCAUCACUCCAAUCUCUUGCUUCUGUCUUCACACAGCCUUCCUGUCUUCUCUCUUUUCUCCUCUGUGUCUUAUAAGAACACUAGUCAUUUGAUUUAUGGUUCACCCAGGUAAUCCAGGAUAAUAUUGUCUCACGAUCCUUAAUUACAUCUGCAAAGACCCUUUUUUCCA